CGGGGAGGUUGAGGGCGGUUGACGGCCGUUGCAGCAGCUGUCGGCCGCCCGUCCGUCCGCAGCCCCGCUCCCCGCCAUGACCACCACCACCACCUUCAAGGGCGUCGACCCCAAUGGCAGGAACAGCUCCCGGGUGCUGCGCCCUCCGGGCGGUGGGUCCAACUUCUCCCUGGGCUUCGACGAGCCUAAAGAGCAGCCGGUGAGAAGGAACAAGAUGGCGUCCAACAUCUUUGGGCCCCCAGAAGAAAACCCCCCUUCUUGGGCCAAGUCGGCAGAACCCUCUCCAUCUCGAGGAGCCAAGGCCAGCGGUGAUAAGGAGGACCCCGAGCCCCCCGCGCUCCAGAGAAGAAACUCGUCCGAAGCGAGCGCCGGAGACUUCCUGGACCCGAAGGGAGAAGCUGGCAUCCACGAAGAGCCAGAGUCAGAAUUCCCCGCCGCCCCAGGACAGAAUGAAGAGAAGCCUGUUCCCGCCGCCCCCGUCCCUAGCCCCGUCGCCCCCGCCCCGGCCCCAUCCAGGAGAAAUCCACCUGGGGGCAAGUCCAGCCUCGUCCUUGGCUAAGCGCCCCCCCAUCCCCUCCCCCCAAUCCCCACCCACCCGUCCACCUCCUCCUCCCCGUCCACCUCCUCCUCCCCGUGCUUGUGAACUGCACAACUUGAGCCUGACUGUUCAUCUCCCAACAUUGUUUCAUUGAAGAGAAGCACUUUAUGUACCACUGUCUUUUUUUAAGAACCAGCCCUCCCACCCCCCCUCCACUGUGGCCCCUCCAUCUGUUCUGUCUCCCCCCCGCCCGGGUCUGCGGGAUGUGGCGUAACUGUUCUCUAGAAGUAGAUUUGAAGGCCCGCUUUCCCAGGCGUAGCGAUGUGUUUCCAAGAAUAAAAAGAGCUGAUUCUCAA